AUGGAUGAGUACAAUCUGACAACCCAUCGGUGGUUUUGCAAACUGUACGCAGAACGGGAGAGCUGGAUCCCGGCUUAUUUUACAGAUUUGCCAUUGAGCGGGUUGGUACGUACCACAUCUCGUUCGGAAGCAGAAAACAGUGUGUACGGAAAAUUCACACGCCUUCAUUCGAGUCUGGUAGAGUUCUACAUGCAAUACGAGAGUGUCCUUGAAACGCAACGCUACAGGCAAGCAAAAUUGAAUGCAGAGUGUGAGGGAUACCUACCAGAAUUCAAAACACCUUUAGCACUCGAGCGGCAUGUUGCACAGCUAUUCACGAUAACUAUUUUUUAUGAGCUGCAGAAAGAGAUCGAAGCUGCCUGCUUUUACUCCCGGGUUGUAGGAGUUCGCGAGGACGGGGGGAGCAUCUAUUACGACAUCCGAGGCGAGUGUGACACAAUUUUCAGCGUACACCACGAUCCGAAGGGGCUCAGUGCAUCGUGCACCUGCAAGUUGUUUGAAAGAAUGGGUCUAGUCUGCAGGCAUAUGUUCCUAGUGUUCCGAGACGCACAGCUUGAGCAGUUGCCGUCCCAAUACAUUGUGACCCGAUGGUGCAAACAUCUAGCCUGCGGUGCAUGCAGUGGUCAGUUAUCCGUUGCAAACGGGUCAACAUGUGGAGCGACACAACUUUGGGCUGAGAUUAACACGUGUGUUGGGUUGGUGGGCAGUAACACGGAGCGACAAGCACGUUUUAUCGAUGUACUGAAGAGUCUUACGGUGGAAUUUGCAAGCGAUGGUAAUACUGGGGAACCUAUUAAGGGUAAUCGUGGCGCCAUUCAGGCAUUAUGCGGUGUGCAAGCACCACAAUCCAUAACGAUCAAGGCCCCCGCACAAGCAAAAAAUAAAGGUACUGGGAAGCGUAUUAAGAGCAGCCGAGAGCUUGCCAUUGAGAAGAAUGUCAAAACUGGACGAAAAUGUGGGAUUUGUGGGAAGUAUGCCCACCAUAACGCACGUAGUUGCCCUCACAAGUAA